GACAGCUUGACACUUGUUCUCCCACUCCUUCCUUCCCAUCAUAAACAAGUAUUGCAUCUAAAUGGCUUCGUCUGCCCUGAAAUUGAUUAACCCCAACUCGGAUGUUGCCCGACGCGGUCAAGCUCUCCAAUUGAACAUCACCGCUGCUAUUGGCCUCCAGGAAGUCUUACGCUCUAACCUUGGCCCUCGCGGUACCAUUAAAAUGUUGGUCGAUGGUGCAGGCUCCAUCAAAUUGACCAAAGAUGGAAAGGUUUUGUUGACCGAGAUGCAAAUCCAACACCCUACUGCUGCUAUGAUUGCCAAGGCCGCCACUGCACAAGACGAAAUCACAGGUGAUGGUACCACUUCGAUCGUAUUGCUUGUCGGAGAGCUUUUGAAACAGGCUGAGAGAUACAUCUCUGAGGGACUUCAUCCUCGAGUGAUUACCGAGGGUUAUGAUGCGGCCAAGAACGAGGCACUCAAGUUCCUUGAAACCUUUAAGACCCCUAAGCCUGUAGUAGACCGUGAAUUGUUGGUUUCUGUGGCACGUACCUCAUUGCGUACAAAGGUACACCGUUCGUUGGCAGAUACAUUGACCGAGGCUGUUGUAGAUGCUGUUCUUGCUAUUUACCGUGAAGGAGAGCCAAUUGAUUUGCACAUGGUGGAGAUCAUGAAAAUGCAGCACCGUUCCGAGAGUGAGUCACGACUUGUGCGUGGUCUGGUUAUGGAUCAUGGUGCCCGCCACCCUGAUAUGCCCAAGAAGAUUGAAGAUGCUUUUAUUCUUACCCUUAACGUGAGUCUGGAAUAUGAGAAGAGUGAAAUCAAUUCUGGUUUCUUCUAUUCCACCCCUGAGCAGCGCGAGAAACUGGUCGAGAGUGAGCGUAAACAUGUAGACGAUAAGGUGCGCAAGUUGGUCGAAUUCAAGAACUCUCUCUGCACUGGUGUCAACGCCAACAAGGGCUUUGUUAUUAUCAACCAAAAGGGUAUUGACCCUCUUUCACUCGAUAUCCUUGCCAAGAACAACAUUCUCGGUCUUCGCCGUGCCAAACGUAGAAACAUGGAGCGCCUCCAGUUAGUGUGCGGUGGUGUUGCUCAGAACUCGGUUGAUGAUUUGUCGCCUGAGAUUCUGGGUUAUGCUGGACUUGUGUAUGAGCAGGUCCUUGGAGAAGAGAAAUUCACAUUCAUUGAAGACGUCAAAGAUCCUUACAGUGUCACUAUCCUCAUCAAGGGACCUAACCAACACACAAUUGCCCAGAUCAACGAUGCUGUCCGUGAUGGACUCCGUGCAGUAAAGAAUGCAAUCGAAGACAAGGCUGUAGUUGCUGGAGCCGGCGCAUUUGAAGUUGCUCUUUCACAACAUUUGGUUGAAUUCAAAAAGAGUGUAAAGGGUAGAGCAAAGAUGGGUGUACAAGCAUUCGCUGAUGCUCUUCUCGUCAUCCCCAAGGUUUUGGCUCAAAAUGCUGGUUUUGAUGCUCAAGAUGUGAUUGUCGCUCUUCAGGAUGAGCAUAUGGAGGGACAUAUUGUUGGUGUAGAUCUCAAGACAGGCGAGACCAUGGACCCCAAGUUGGAAGGUGUAUGGAGCAACUACAGAGUUCACCGCCACAUGUUACACUCUUGCUCUGUAAUUGCCAGCAACCUUUUGUUGGUUGAUGAGAUGAUGCGUGCUGGUAGAACAUCGCUCAAGGGUCCUCAACUUGGCGAAUAAAGAUAUAAAUAAAGGGGGAUAAGAACAAAAAAAAAGAAAGGGCAAAACUUGAUUUUUUUUAAUUGUCCAUGAGGUGGCCCUGAGCCAUAACACUGCACUAUAAACAAGGAU